AUGAAUAUGGAUAAUUCAUUUGUUAAUAUUGUUGAUCUAUCUAAUGAAAUGUUGUUUUAUAUUUUCAAAAAACUUAAUAAUUUUGAUGUUUUAUAUUCAAUGGUGGGUGUUAAUGAAAAACUUGAUAAUGUUGCAUGUGAUAGAACAUUCACUCAAUCUAUUGAUUUAACAAGCAUAUCAUCAAAUGAAAAAGACAAUUCAAAAACUAAUGCAAUACUUGAUCGAUUUUGUUUGCACAUAUUACCUCGAAUUCAUGAUAAUAUUGAAUGUCUUACUGUUGAUGCAUGCUUUCUGAAACGUAUUCUAUAUGAAGAUUGUCCAUUUAUUCUCAACUUCAGAUACCAAAUAUCCGAAUUGAUUAUAACAAUUGAUUAUGAAGUUCUAAAUGUAUCAAUGCUGAAUUUACUCAUUGAUAUUUAUCAUCGUAUUUUUCUCUUAUUAUCAAAUCUAAAUACAUGUCUUUCCUCGAGUAUUACUAAUUUACGUAUCAAAUUACACAAUUUUGAUGAUUGUCUUUGUCUACUUGAUGGUCGUCUUAAUCAAUUACAUACAUUUAUUGUUAAACUUGAAUAUAUACAUGAUCCAUCAUUGCUUAGACGUACUCCAUCAGAAAUCAUACAUAAUUCGUCGAUAUUAUUAAAUAAUACGAAAAAUCUGGUUAAACUGAAAUGUUUUUCGUUAUUUGUAUAUCUUGCAACAAGUGAAUUUGAUAAUCUAGUUGCCCCACUUCUUCGUCGAAUGUUACAUUUGGAAAAACUAACAUUAUCUCUUCGUCUUAGUCAACGAACGUCAUUCAUUGAUGGUACUCAUUUGGAGAAUUCUUUUCUUAGACAAUUAUCAAAUUUACAUACGUUGAUAUUCGAUAUUGUUACCGAACAUGUCAACAUAAAUGGACAAACUGAUAUUGAUUAUACAAUAGAUUUCAGUGAUAAAGAAUUCAUUCCAUUAUACUAUACCACUUGA